AUCGCCACCGGAUCGUAUCCCUAUUUCCUCACAAUCGCGAAUUCUUUUCCCUUUUCCCCUCUCUUCCUCGCUGCGUCUCUCUCUCUCCUUUGCUGCUAUUCUCCAAACCUCGCCCAAGACAACAGACCGAAAGAAUGCCUCCGAAGAAGCGAGUCGUCAAAACCGUGCGCAAAACCGUCCCCAAGUCCAAAUCCAAAACCCCCGUCGCGCCCGCCCCCGCCGCCGCCCCCGCCGACGAUAACCCCUCCCCUCCCGCUGCCGCUUCCGACAUCCCUAUCACCCCCGUUCCGGCCGCAGCCGCCGAGGUAGCCACACCGCCCCCGUCCUCGACCGCCUCCGAAACCCCCGUUUCCGAGCUCGUCGAACCCACCCCCGAGCCCCCCGUCCCUGUUGCUGCACCGGAGCCCUCGGAAACCCCCUUCUCUGCUGUCCCCGAGGCUGUCCCGGAGCCCUCGGAACCUUCCGCCACUGACGCCUCCCCCGCCGUCGAGGAAACCCAGGUUGCAGCUGCGGUGCCAUCUGAAGCGCCCAAGAAGACCAUCGUCCGAGUGAGGAAGGUGAUCAAGAAGAAAAUCAUCAAGAAGAGGAUUCCGAAGGUGGUGUCGUUAGCUAAGAAAGAUUCGUUGCAACCGCUGACAGAAGCCGCAUACCUAGAAACCCCGGUUACCGAAUCGGGGCUUCAGAACCCUAGUUCUGAUGUUGCAGUUGGAGGGGCGACACAGACGGAGAAUGUUGGUUUCGAAGAGCACAAGGAUGUUGCUUUGGAAGAGGAGAAGGAUGUUCCGCUGCAGGAUAAGGAGGAAAGGCAAGAGGAGGCAGUGACAACUGCUGCUGAUGAGGAGGCCGGGAUGUCAGAACGGCAGAAUAGGAGGAAGACGGAGAUUUUUAUUGGAGGACUCGGUAGAGAUGUCAAGGAGGAGGAUCUGAGGAUGGUUUUUGGGAAGGUGGGCGAGAUUGUGGAGGUAAGAAUGAUGAUGGAUGGACAGACUGGGAAGAACAAGGGGUUUGCUUUCUUGAGGUACAAGGAUGCAGCACAAGCUAAAAAGGCCGUUUCUGAAUUCUCUAAAGUGGAGGUCUGUGGAAAGAUUUGUGGGGCAGCUGCUCUUGAGGGGAAUGAUACAAUAUUUCUGGGAAACAUUGAUAAGAAAUGGAAGAAAGAAGAUGUAAUUAAGAUGUUACAGGACAUUGGAAUUGAAAAGAUUGACACUGUUACUGUUAUGGCCGAUCCCUAUAAUGCUGAUACAAAUCGUGGGUUUGCUUUUCUUGAGCUUGAAACUAACAGAGAUGCACAUCUUGCUUAUAGAAAACUUCAGAAAAAAGAUGUUUUUGGCAAAGGCCGAAACAUCAAAGUUGCUUGGGCUGAACCAUUAAAUGAUCCAGAUGAAGAGCAAAUGCAGAAGGUCAAAUCAGUUUAUGUAGAGGGCAUACCAUCUUCAUGGCAUGAAACCAAGUUGAGGGAGAUCUUCAAAAAGUUUGGGGAGAUUGAGCGGAUUGUCCACUCACGAGAUAUUCAGUCAGCUAAGAGAAAAGACUUUGCCUUUGUUAACUACAGCACUCGAGAGGCAGCUCUUUCCUGCAUUGAAUCAUUUGAGAAGGAAGAGUUAACUGAGAAUGGCUCAAAGGUGAACAUUAAGGUAUCAUUGGCUAAGCCUGUGCAAAAAGGAAAGCAGAACAAAGGGUUCUUAAAGUCUACCAGUACAGAGAAGGAUAAAUUAAAGCCAGUGCAACGCCAAGUGAAAGCAAGUGUUUCUUCGUACAAGGGAAAGUCCUCUGAAAGAGAUCACAAUUCAAGUGGUGAAGACAAGAAGACUUCUACUACCAAUGAACUCCUGCAGGUUUUGAGAGAACAGGCUGCAUGGAAACAAGGACAAGUGGGUUAUGCUAGAGGUCCUGCGGUCCAAGAUUAUUCACAUAUUGCGGCUGGAGGGAAACGUGCCUUUUCUUAUAUGGGAGAAGAUGCAGCAUACUCUGAUGUGAGAGGAUAUCCUCGUGCCCGUCUUGACAAUUCUUUUCCAGUUUCGAGCUCGAGCUAUGGUGCACAUCCCCAUGGAUUGCCUGGCUCAUCUUUGCCAUACUAUCAGCAUCAAAGUGUUGGCUAUCCAAGUGGUACUCGCUAUGGGGUGGCAGAACAUUCAAGCACCUUUCAGAGGCAAGGAGUUCCUCCUCCAUAUGGAGGCAGUAUGUAUUCCAGAUACUCGUGAGAACUGGAAUGUCUCUUUGCAUCAUUUAUUUCAGCCUGCAACUCCCCACGCAGUUCUUCAUCGGAACUCCCAACUUUGGUGCUGAAAUAUGAUGUUUCCUGGCAAGUUCUGAUUGGUUGCCAUUAAAUUUUCAAAUCCCCAUUGUAUUAUUCAGGCCUAGCAAGUUGCUCUAGCGUAAUAGCGUCUCUGAGGUUCAAUGACUCAGCAAAAGCAUCUUCCACCAUCUUUGUCCCCUUGACAUGGACAUGUUCACCUAUAUGAGCCAUCUCACUUGUUAGUGGUUUGAGCACUGUGGUGUUAAUUUAUCAACUCUUAAUCCAGACUGUGCAUCAGCCUUACGAUAGGUACAGGCUUGUCCAGUAUGAUUUGUAUGGUACAUGUGGUUAGAGUUACUUUCUGACAUGAAAAGGACAUUGUCUAAAAGCUUCAUACUGUGUUCGAGAACGGAAUUCCUGGAAAAUUUUGGACAUUGUCUAAAGGACAUUGAAUCAUCCUCA